AUGUACUAUCAUUAUUACAGACUAAUAAUUUACGAGCACUGUACUCAAAAGUCCCCAAGUCCCCUCCCUGCCUUUGCCGGCUACCAAAGUUGAAUUUUUAUUGCCGGCUACCAAAGUUGAAUUUUUAUUAGAGAAAAUUUGAUUGGAAAACCUAAAAAAGACAAAGCAGCAAUUCGUGGUCAAUCGACACUGCCCCAUUUUCAUCGGUCAGAGAGAGAGAGAGAGAUUAUGGCGACAUUGAAGCUUCAAGCGCUUUGGAACCACCCAGCAGGCCCCAAAACCAUUCACUUUUGGGCACCAACUUUUAAGUGGGGCAUCAGCAUCGCAAAUAUUGUUGACUUUGCCAAACCACCAGAGAAACUUUCAUAUCCUCAGCAAAUAGCGGUCACAGCCACUGGAAUUAUCUGGUCCCGCUACAGUACUGUAAUCACGCCGAAGAAUUGGAACCUUUUUAGCGUAAAUGUUGCAAUGGCUGGGACAGGCCUUUACCAACUUUCACGAAAACUUCAGCGUGACUAUUUUUCUGAAGAACAAGUUGUCGUUGCCAAAGAAUGAUGACGGAAAUCUCCAGGAUGACGGAUAUCUGCAGGACAUACGAGUGUUUGCCCUGUGGUUCAUCAUCCAUCUUUGACUUUGUCAAUACGAUGAAAUUGUGACUCUGUAUCCAGAUUGUAAUUCUGCUGGUAAAGCAAGGGAUAAAUGUUUUUGCUUGGUUGACAAUUUUAUCAAAAUAAUGAGUUUACUUUUGUUCGAA